AUGCAAGAACCUUAUGUUGGAGCAAAGGCACACUUAACAGUGGGUCCACAAUACCGUGUAAUUCAAAAGGUCACUAAUGAUAUCAACAAGCCAGUGAGAUCUGCAAUAGUUGUCAUAGACCCUAAUAUUAACUUCACUAUCAAUCCAAACUUACUAACCGAAGACAUCGUAGGCAUUGUACUAAAAAUAGAUAAUCAUAACAUUGGUUUUAUUAGUAUCUACUUGCAUGAAAAAGGUGUAAUUGAAGAAGACUUGGCCACGAUUAAGACAUUCGUGGAAGCAAUGCAGACAGAAGACGUCAUCAUUGGUGGCGAUGCAAAUGCCAGCAGCAUCUGGUGGGGUUGUAAGGCGGAUGACAACAGAGGAACACAGAUUAUGGAAACUUUCGCCGAACUCAAUUUGGAGGUACUUAACACAGGGAAAGUACCUACUUUUAGCGCAUACAGAAGGGAUACCCUCUGCUCCAGCAUUAUAGACAUUACCGCUUGCACAACAUCACUCUUGCAUAAAGUUGAGAAUUGGGGAGUUGAUAAUUCUUUCUGUACUUUAUCUAACCACAAGCCAAUUCUCUUCAAAUUGAGCAUGUCAUCUUCAUUUACUGAGAUAAAAAUCAAUAGCACCAGAAAAUACAAUACAAGGAAAGCAAAUUGGUGUCGUUUUAACUCUGAAUUCCGGAAGACACUUGACAACAAUGGUCUAACCAAGAAAAGAAUAGAGGAAAUUAUGACGACACAGCAGGUCGAAGAAAUUGUUAACACAUACACAGAAAGCAUAACAAAGGCAUGUGAUGAGACGAUUCCGAAAAUAAAUAGAAAAAAGGUUUCUAAAGCGGCUAAAUGGUGGAACACAGAAAUUAAAGAAAAAAAGGAGAUAAUGAUUAGAUUAAGAAGAAGAAUAAGGAAUGCACACCCUACUAGAAAGAACUGGGUCAUAGAACAAUAUCUCGAAGCACGACAGCAAUAUAAAAAAAGCAUAGAAGAUGCCACAACCAAAAGUUGGAAAGAAUUAUGCACGAACGAGCAGAAAGAAAACGUGUGGCAACGCACAUAUCGCAUACUGAAGGUCUGCUCUAAUAGAGAGGAAGAUAAACUACUUAAAGACCAAAAUGGAGCAAUCCUUUCAGAAAAAGAGUCAGCAAUACUUCUAGCUGAAACUUUUUAUCCUAAAGACAGCUCAAACACCGAUACAAAGGAUCAAAAUGAAAUUAGAACAAAAACAAAUGAAUUUAUAGCACAAUUCGGAAACAACGCAACAGAGAUUAAGACACCAUUCGCUAGAACUGAAAUAGACCAAAUACUAAGUAACAUGAAUCCGAAAAAAGCCCCAGGAGAAGACGGCCUGACAUCCGACAUAUGCCAAGCAGCUUAUAACAGUAACCCAGAGCUUUUGGAACUACUCUACAACAAAUGCCUCCAAUUAGGAUAUUUUCCCAAAACCUGGAAAAAGGCAACAAUCAAGGUAAUCCCAAAACCCAACAAAGAAGAUUACACCCAUCCUAAAGCAUACAGACCUAUUGGCUUGCUACCAGUACUUGGUAAAAUACUGGAAAAACUUUUUACGAAUAGAGUCCAAUGGCAGUUAGGAAAAGACGAAAGGAUGAACCAGAGACAGUAUGGAUUCACUCCACAGAGAAGCACCGAGGAUGCAUUAUAUGAUACUAUAACAUUAAUUAAAAAUGGACUAAAAAAGAAAGAAAUAGUAAUACUAGUGUCAUUAGAUAUUGAGGGCGCAUUCGAUAACGCAUGGUGGCCCGCAAUUAUUACAGAACUCAGAAACAAACAAGUUGAACCUACGAUGUUAAAACUUAUAAUUAGUUACUUAUCAGACCGUGAAAUAAACUUAAACUAUGCCAACGAAAAUAUUACAUUAAAAACUAAUAAAGGAUGUAUCCAAGGAUCGACUUGCGGCCCCAUGCUGUGGAAUAUUCAACUUGAUCCCUUACUUCAGACAACGGAAAUCUCUGCAGCCCACGUACAAGCCUUUGCUGACGACAUCUUAAUAAUAGCCUCAAAUAAAGAUGGACAACAACUAGAAAAAGAUGUAAACGAUACUCUUAAAACAAUUUUAGAAUGGGGACAAAAACACAAGCUAAAAUUUGCCCCACAUAAAACUCAAAGCACAAUAAUAACAAAAAAGCUUAAAUUUCAUCGCCCCAAACUACUUAUGGAUGGAAUAACCUUAGCAUACACAGAUCAACUCAAAAUUCUUGGUUUAAUUAUAGAUAAAAACUUAAACUUUAAGCCUCAUUUAGACUAUAUUUGCAGUAAAGCAGUUCGAUUUUACAAGACGCUAUCAAGAGCAGCACGAGCACAAUGGGGCCUUAACUCGGACAUAUUGUUUACUGGCCACGGUGGUAACAAGGCCUAUCUUUUUAGAUUUAAGCUUUCAUCAUCCCCAUACUGCACAUGUGAUGAUAGUACAGAACAAACAAUAGAACAUCUAAUUAUAGACUGCCCAAGAUUUGGCAAAAAAAGAUAUGAGUGUGAAUGCAAUAUGGGAAUGAACAUAGUACGUAAGAAUCUUAGCACUAUUAUGGCUGACAACGAUUGUAGAUCUCACUUCAUACACUUCGCUCUUUCAAUAUUAAGGGUUGUUAACACGGAAAACGGGAGUACUAUAGUAGACUAA